CACGUGUGCAGGUAAUAUGAAGGAGAAGGUGAGCGGGCUGGAGCGCGAGCUGGCGGCGGCGCAGCAGCGCGGCGGGCAGUUGCAGACGCAGCUGGAGGCGCUGGCCGCCGACAACCGCCGUCUGCAGCGCGCGCUGGCCCAGCAUCAGCUGCAGCUCGGGGACUUCCUCGCUCUGAAACUGGAGGAGGACGACCCCGACCAGAGGAGCGAGCGCGGCGAGGGCAAGGCCUCGGCCCGCACCCUCAGCGACAUCGUGUCCAUCUCGGAGUUCGACGAGCAGGACCUGCAGAUGCGCCGCGCCGACCUGCGCCCGCACGAGCCCAGCCCCACAGCUGCGCCUCUCCCCGCCGCCGACAAGAGCGCCGCGGACCGCACGCUGCCGCCCGACACGCGCCCACACAACGUCACCUCGCUGCAUCUCGACCACGCCCACUCCCACUCCCACUCCCUCCCCCACUCCCUCCCCCCGCAACUCACCUCCACGCACAACGGAGAGGAACAGUACAAGAGAAACGUCAACGAGACGACGGUAUUCGGCAAACCCGACAUGUUCGGUGAUCACAAGCCGUCGCCCCUCAACAUUCUCGACAACUGCUCGCUGUAUCCUAACAGAGAUGUCAGCGAUAGCAGAAAUGUCAGCGUGGAACCGAAAAAGAUCGACUUCUCUUUGGAACCUACGGACAAUAAAACCCAGGAGGAGGAAUUCGCUUCGCUCCGGGAACUGGGCAUCGAGCUGGACGUCCGACAGGAAAACUUCCCCGACAUUCUGACUCAGCUGAAGCACGAAGUUAAGAAAGCGAGACGCGAACUCGAGAGUUGCAAAUCAGAGCUGAAAAACGCCGAGGAGCAGCUGUGCGAGUUUCCAGCUUUGAAAGAGGAGGUGGACGAACUGAAGGCCCUCCUGGAGAACACGAUGGCCACCAUGGAGAAGGACAAAAAGUUCUACGAAAAUCAAUUAGAGAAUUUCUCCACGAAUAAGCAGCAACUGGAACAGAGGCUGGCGGAACUGACGCAAGAAGUCAGCGAUAAAUCUAAAGACUUGCAUUUGCUCAAGGAGGACAUCCUCCGGAGGGAAAAUAUGAUUUUAGAAUUGGCUAAAGAAAAACGAAACUUGACUAACAGAUUAAAUGAAUUGGAAACCAAAGUUGACGAGCUUCAGAGCCGAAACGAGGCUUUGCAGCAAUACGAAAUGGAGACGCAUACGAUGAAGGAGAAAAUAAAAGAAUUGGAGAAGUUGGAGCAGUUGGUGUCGGAGAAAAAUCAGCAAAUCGAUAGCCUGAACCAACACCUGGAUAGACUGGACGACCUGCAGAGAAAUCUCAACGACAAAACCGAGGAACUAGAAAAAUUAAAAGUUGCCCUGCAUCAAAAGACAAAAGAAUUAUAUCAGGUACAAGCGACGGUCUCAUCCUUGACCCGGGACAUGGAGCGAGUCACCGAGGAAAACAAACAACUCAACCAUCAUAACAAAGAACUUAAACUGAAAUUGUCAAAACUGGAGAAGGAACAAGAGAACGCCUCCUUAAGAUUACAGAAUAGUGAAAACGAACUCGAAAGACUGAAUUCCAUUAACAACGAGCUGUCCUCCAAGAUCGAGGAAAUAAAAGUUAUUAACGACCAACUAAAGGAUAAAGAGGCAGAGGUCGAGACCCUCACUGAAGAUCUUAACGCCUACCACAGUGAGAUACGUUCUCUGAAAGAACAGCUGGAGAUAGUGUCGCGGAGUCCCUCCCCCGGCAGUGAGCAGGCGCAGGCGCAGGGCGAGGAGCGGCGCCGCCAGCUGCCCGCCAUCAGGAAGCAGAUCUCUUUGCUGCAGCACGAGCUGGACUUUAAUAAGAAGGAGCUAAAUUGUAAGGCCUUCGAAUUGGCGAAAGCGAAACUGGAUGUGAGCGAGCUGAAGAACAAUGCGAGCCAGACGGCCAAGCUGAUGGCGGACAAGGAGGCGCAGAACGAGGAGCUGGUGCAGCAGGCGGCGGCGCUGCGCAACGACCUGCGCCAGCUCGCCGACGAGAAGCACCAGCUCAGCCAGCAGCUCGACAUGCUCCUCGCCAGAUUAAGAGAAGAAUCGAAUGUGAGUGAGAUCAGAGCCAAGCUGCGGGAGAAGGCCGAGAGCUGCCACGAGCUGGAGAUGGAGCUGCACGACAUGAGGGAUCGCGUCGAAGGACGCGGCACGUCGCGCUCGCCCACCGCGGAGCUGGAGCGUGCGUUGCGCGACCAGCUGCACUACUCCAACGCGCUCGACGAGCAUAUCAUGGACCAGAUACUGUCGGCGAGCAGUGAGGAGCACGAGGACAUUCCGCGGCUCGCUCUCAACACGUCCAAGUCAUCGAGCUCUGUGGCGUCGACGUCAUCGGAGCGCGCGUGUCGGCUGCGCGCGCAGGUGCAGCAGCUGCAGCUGCAGGUGGAGGGGCUGCAGGCGCGGCUGCAGGACAAGGACGCCCUCAUCGCGGAGCUCAACCGGAUAAGGGACAAGCUGGUGCAGGACUGGCAGACGGUGAACUGCCGCUACGAGGCGGAGCGCGACAACUCGGGCCGCCUGCAGCUGCUGCUCGACGCUCAGAAGGACACCGCCGAGAGUCUGCAGAAUCAGGACUCGAACAUGAUCCAGAUCCUGAAAAAGCGCUUGGAAAGCGCGAUGCAGUCGGAGGGCGAGCUGCUGGAGCGCGAGCAGCGCCUGCGCCGGCGGCUGGCGGAGCUCGAGGCCGGCCAGCCCGCGCCGCGAGAACACCUGCACGCGCAGCUGGAGGCGGUGGAGAAGCUGAAGGGCGAGGUGUCGGUGCUGCGCUCCAAGCUGGAGUGCGAGAGGGCGCGCGCCGACGAGCUGGCCGCGCAGCUGCAGCUGGCCCGCUCACACCUCGAGGACCGCACGCGCACCGCCGCCGACCUGCGCGCGCAGCUCGCACAACUCAAACGGACAAAGUACGAGGCGGGCGUGGAGCUGGCGCGGCACAAGGAGCUGGUGGGCACGCAGGCCGCCGCCGUCGCACAUCUCGAGCGCCAGCUGGCGGCCGCCGCAGCCGCGCACCGCUCACCCAACAACUCUCUGACUGAGAUCGAGGGUCAGAAGAGCGAGCUGGCUCGCGAGAUAGCGACGCUGCGCAAGUGUCUGCAGAGCGAGCACCCCGAGGUGAGCACGCUGCGCGCCGAGCGCCAGCGCCUGCAGGCCGAGCUGCACGCGCUGCGCCGCGAGCUGGACGCGCGCGCGCCCGCCACGCCCCUCCCCGCGGACACGCCCCACGCGGUACAGGACAAGGACCAAGCGAUCCGCUACUUGCACGGUCGCUGUGUGCGGCUGGAGAGCUGGCGCAAGGCGCUGGUGUGGCAGAAGCGGUACUUGCAGCGAGUGCUGGCCGGAUACGCGCGCCUCGAGCGCACCCUGGCGCCCCGCCCCGUGCCCCGCCCCACUGGCAAGAAACUCUUCAAAUGUGUGGUGACGGUGGUGAUAACGGUGCUGCGCAUGGGGUACGUGGUGCGGCGCAGGAACGCAGCGCGCAGCGCCGCCUCCUGCCUGCUGCGCCCCGCCCACGACGCAGACGACCCCGCCCCCGCCUCCGCCUCCGCACACCACGCCUCCAGGAUCAACCUUAUGAGCACGCCGGCGGUGUCGCCGCGCCGCGUGCUGUCGCGGCGGCUGAAGCUGGCGCCCACCCCCGCCCCGCACUCGCCGCUCACCCCCCUCGCACCCCACCCGCCCCAGUCCCCGCGUGUGCCCCACCUGCCCCAGACGCCGCGCGUACCCCACUUGCCCCAGUCCCCGCUCACUGCAUACGGCGCACUGACGCCGCUUGCUACACGACCAGUGGAUGAGGACGUAAGAAAAACUCCCGCCAGCAUCAGCACGCCGCGGAAUGAAUUCUAUUUAAUGAGUUCACCGCGAGGCGAAAUGGCGAGCGCUUACAUGAGCAAGCUGGAGGCGGUCAGCCGCUGUCUCAACCAGGUGCUGGAGUCGCCGCGGGACGUGCCGUGACCUCGCCCCGCCCACCUCACGGGCCCCGCCCACCUCACAGGCCCGCCCAUC